GGAGUGCAGCAGCCCGAGUUAGUGGCCCACCCGACUCACAACGAGUCAUGAGUGUGGCGGCGAACUCUUGGGUUUAGGGCUUUACUCUCUCUCUCUCUCUCUCGUUCAGGAAAAUCUGGUAAGGCUAUUUUACCAUUGCAAUCCCGCGAUUUCAUCACGCCGCAAACUUCAUCGCUUGUCUCUCUGAGAAAAAAGGUUUUGGUCCAGGCGUUGAGUUACCAUUACUGUAUGAUGGAGACGGUGGUGGUUGAGCCGGAGAGUCGCCGGGGGAGAAAACGGAAGGUGAAUAACGUGCAAACUGCGGCGGAAGACGUUGGUGGCAGAAAGAAGGUGAUGCAUACGAGGUCAUUCGAAUUGGUUGGAAGAUAUGUGCUGAAAGAGUUCAAGGGGAGUGGGGUUCUUCUAGGAAGGAUUGUGGAUUAUGAUUCAGGUUUGUACAGGAUAAACUACGAGGGUGAUCUUUGUGAGGAUUUAAACAGCAGAAAAGUCAAAUCACUUCUGGUGGAAGAAGGCGAUUUAACAGAUGAAUGGCCUAAGAGAAAGGAAAUGUUGAACCAACUUUUGUCGAGUAAAGAUGUGAACUCGAACACUGCAACCGCUACUGAUGCACGAGAGCCGGGAAAAGCAAAUUCUAUUGAUUCAUCAUCAUUGAGUGGAAUGACCUAUUCUUGUAGUGCUGAUGAUGGGAUUAUCAAAGUUCAGAGUGAUGAGGUUGGUGCUGAUUCUUCGAGUGGUUCGUGUGAGGGUGCUCAAGGGGAGGAGACUAAACAGCCACUUGUUCCACCGCCAGAUCUGCCUCCUUCGUCUGGUCAUAUUGGCGUUCCGGAGGAGUGUGUCUCACAUCUUCUUUCUGUCUAUAGUUUCUUGCGAUCAUUCAGUGUGCGGCUGUUUCUGUACCCUUUUGCGCUGGAUGAUUUUGUGGGGGCACUCAAUUGCUCUGUUGCAAACACAUUGUUGGACUCAGUUCAUCUUGCUCUUAUGUGUUUCCUAAAGCGCCAACUUGAGAAGAUCCACGCAGAUGGUUCUGGGCUUGCAUCAAAAGUUCUCAGGUCCCUGGAUUGGAGCUUGCUUGAUACAUUAACUUGGCCUAUUUACUUGGUCAAUUAUCUGAUAGCAAUGGGUCAUAAAAAUGGAGAUGACUGGAAAGAGUUAUAUGCACAUUGCCUGGAAAGAGAUUAUUAUACUUUAUCUGUAGGUAAGAAGCUGAUCACUUUGCAGAUUUUAUGCGAUGAUGUUCUGGAUACUGAAGAGCUCAGGGCAGAAAUGGACAUGCGUGAGGUAUCAGAAAUUGGAAAGGACAUAGAUGCGGGCACAGUGUUGGGCGCAUGUGAACCUGCAAGAAUUCUUCCCGGAGACUCCAAAACUUCUGACUGCAUGGACAUAGAAGUUGCACAAAAAGUUGAAAACCAUCAGACCAAAAAAUCUCUUGAUAUUCUCCAUACAGAGUCUCUAGUUGGUGGAGCAGUCGAGGACGGUAAUGGUGAUGAAUGCCGCCUUUGUGGUAUGGAUGGAGUUUUAGUUUGUUGCGAUGGUUGCCCAAUGGCUUACCAUUCAAGAUGCUUAGGAUUGAACAAGAUGCCUGUUUCCAAUGUAUCAUGGUACUGUCCUGAGUGCAAAGUCAGUGAAAACGACCCCAAAAUUCUGCGGAGGACAACAUUGAGGGGAGGGGAUGUUUUUGGUGUUGAUCCAACUGGACAAGUCUUUGUCGCUUCUUGUGACCAUUUACUUGUAGUGAAUACCUCAGUUGAUUCUGGAACUUGUCCAAGAUACUAUGAUAGACACCAUAUUCCUGGAGUCCUUAAUGUUCUUAAUGCGAAUCCAGAUUAUGCUUCUGUCUAUUCAGAAAUAUGCCAGGGGAUAAUGAAAUAUUGGGAAUUAUCUGCAGAUACCAUACCAUCCAAUUGGGAAUCUGGAAUUGGUUUAGAAUUACCGAACGAGGGAAGUGGCCCGUGCAUUGCACAAUUAGUUGAUAUGCUGGACAAAGUCCCUGAAACGACAGAGGUUCAAAAUCAUGCAACUUGUGCCACUGGUAAUUCUUCUGAAACGGCUGAUUCUUGUCUUAGAAACUGUGUUCAACAACCUGUUUCAAGUGAGAGUUCUUUUGAUAAUGUGACAAAAUCCAACUGUCAUGCGGAUCCUGUAAGACAACAGUGUGAAAUCUUGAAAACAGUGGUGGCUGAACCUGCUUCGUCUAGUAGUUUAAUUGGUAGGCCUGAGAGUCCUUAUGAAUCAACCCAACAAAGCAACUCAAAUACGACAGAGGCUGUUUCCACAAGAAGUAGCAAUAUUAGUGCUCUAAGUGAUGCUCCCUUAGAAGCCAACGGAUCACUUGUUAGCCAGGAACUUGAUAAUAAAAUAGGAUCUACUUGUGGAAGUCCAGCUCGUUGGUGCUCAUACAAGGGCUCUUCCUUCAAAAAAACUGGUUACAUGAAUCACUAUUUGCAUGGAGAUUUCUCUGCAUCUGCAGCUGCUAACUUGGCCAUUCUUUCACAUGAAGAAAGUCAAGUUUCAGAAUCUCAACAAGCUGUUAGCAUCAGCUAUGCAGAUCAGGUAAAGGCUUUCUCUAUAGCAGCUAUGGGGUUUUCCUGGCCCAAUGUGGACAACAAACUUGCUGAAGUCCCUCGUGAAAGAUGUAGCUGGUGCUUUUCUUGUAAGGCUUCUGUAACAAGCAAGAGAGAGUGCUUGCUAAAUGAAGCUGCUUCAAAUGCCACCAGAGGGGUGAUGAAGGUACUUGCUGGUGUUCGGCCUGUAAAGAAUGGACGGGACGAGAGACUUUCUGGCAUCGCAGCAUAUAUUAUAUUUAUGGAGGAGAACUUAAGUGGCCUACUUGCCGGUCCCUUCCUUAAUGACACUUUCAGGAAACAAUGGCGCAGACAACUUGAACAGGCCGCCAAUUGCUCCGAAAUUAAGAUCCUUUUGCUUGAACUUGAGGAGAAUAUGCGCUCCAUUGCCUUUUCCGGAGAUUGGAUGAAACUUGUUGAUUGUUUUUCUACUCAAUCCUCCACUUCUGAGAUUGCAACUGGAUCAACUCAGAAAUGUAGGCCAGGCAGGCGAGGCAAGAAACGACCUGAUAUGGUUGAAGCUGUAGUGGAUGGUUUCCUGAAUAAACCAACUAAGUUCACCUGGUGGCGGGGAGGUAUAAUGUCAAAGCUUAUGUUCCAAAGAGGGAUUCUUCCAAGCUCAUUUAUCAAAAAGCAAGCCCGUCAAGGUGGUAAAAAGAAGGUACCCGGUGUACGAUAUGUUGAAGGAAAUGAAAUCCCCAGAAUUAGCAGGCAGCUCUUCUGGCGUUCCGCAGUAGAAAUAAGCAGGAGUGUGGCACAUCUUGCACUUCAGGUGAGAUACUUUAAUCUACAUGUGAGAUGGGGUGAUCUUGGUCGUCCAGAGCAAAUGCCUGGUGAUGGAAAAGGCUCAGAGGCAGAAUCAUCUGCUUUUAGAAAUGCUGUUAUCCAUGCUAAGAAGAUAAUGGGACAUGAAGUUAGAUACUGUGUUGGAUUUGGUUGUAGGAAACACCUGCCGUCGCGUGUUAUGAAAAAUAUAGUGCAAACAGAGAAAAUCCUAGAAAGUGGGAAGGAAAGAUACUGGUUCUCUGAGACCUUCAUCCCCUUGUAUCUAAUUAGAGAAUAUGAACGAAAAGCAGAGAAAGCCAAGUCUGUGAAUGUGCUUUCCAAACUGCAGAAAAGACAGUUGAAGGCUUCCCGUGAAAAUAUAUUCUCUGCUCUCUUAUUGGAGAUGGGUAACACAGCCAAGAGUUGCUGUUCGUGUCAUCAAGAUGUCUCCUAUAGGAGUGCUGUGAAGUGCCAUGCAUGUCAAGGAUUUUGUCAUCAGCAAUGUGCCACCACUUCAACAGUAAAUAAAAGUGAGGACACUGACUUUGUAGUUAUCUGCAAGCAAUGCUUUGAAACUCAGGUGGCUACUCCAGUUGAUAGUAGCAGUGAAUCUGCCACAAGCUCUUUGCUCCCUCAAGUACCAGACAUUUCUAAGCCAGCUAUUCCUAAGGAUGUGAACUCAGUAUGCCAUGAAGAAUCAUUGAUAAAUCGUCCUGCAGUUACAACGACAAAUGCUAUUCCUAAGGAUGUAAACUCGGUAUCCCAUAAAGGAUCAUUGAUAAAUCAUCCUGCAGUUACAACAACAAAUGCUAUUCCUAUGGGUGUAAACUCGGUAUCCCAUAAUGGAUCAUUGAUAAAUCGUCCUGCAGUAAAAAAGACAAAGACAAAUGCAAGAUCAAAUUGGGGUCUCAUAUGGAGGAAGAAGUUUUCUGAAGACACUGGCUUUGACUUCAGAUCAAGAAACAUUCUUCUGAGUGGUAACACAGAUAGGGACCUGAUGAAACCUGUUUGCCGUCUUUGUGAUCAGCCAUAUACUGGUGAUGCAAUGUAUAUUUGCUGUGAAUCAUGCAAAAAUUGGUUUCAUGCUGAUGCUUUAGAGCUUGACGAGUCAAAGAUUUUUUCUGUUGUGGGAUAUAAGUGCUGCAAAUGCCGAAGGAUCAAGUCUCCCGUGUGCCCUUACUCGAAUCUACCAAAAAAGAUUGUAUCGAAGGGGAAAAUAGAGCACCAACAAGCUUCCAAGCCGAAGAUUCCUGCAAUGACCUUUAACCGUGAUAUGAUCCUAGCGCAUCUUGAAGAAGUACCAACAGCUUCCAAAUUACUCGAAAAGAAGGGGAAAAUAGAGCACCAACAACCUUCCAAGCCGAAGAUUCCUGCAAUGGCCUUUAACCGUGAUCUGAUCCUAGCGCAUCUUGAAGAAGUUCCAACAGCUUCCAAAUUACUCCAAAAGCCAAAAGCCAUCAUUGUAUCAGCAGCAGCAGCAGCAGUAACAAAUAAUCCUCUUCUCUCUUCUCUUGAUAAAUCUAAGCAAUGCACUGAGGGGAAGUCAGAACUGAAUAGUGGAUGGAAAAAUGCAAAUGCAUCUGAUCCUGAUCCUAGAAAGUUGCCAGUCAGGAGACAUGGUAAUCGAGAAAUAGAUGUCCAAUGUCAGGAAGGUGCCUGUCCGUUUGAAGCAUCUUUGCCGUUUGAAGAAAAUGCUUUUAAUUCCACACUGGAGAUGCUCAUAAGGAGAAGUACAAGACAAGAGACCAAAUUAGCAACCAAAUCUUUCAGGGAUGAAGAAGUAACAGAACCUACAGAGGCAAAUCCUUUAACCCCAGUGCAGGAUUCGUUAUCCCUGCAGCAGUUUGCUUCUCAAGAUUUCUUUGAUCUUGAAACCAAUGUGGGUGGCCAUGUGAAUAGCGAGGAGCCCUCUUCAGUUCCAAAAUAUGGAAUAACUGAAGCAUUGCAUGAUCAGGAAAAGCUGAUUGCGUCUUCAGGAACAUCUGAACAGAUAGUGCCUUGUAAGCUGUGUUCUAAAAAUGAUCCACAGAUAGAUCUUUCUUGCGAGAUUUGUGGUAUAAAUAUUCAUAAAACUUGCUCGCCCUGGUAUGAAUCAUCCUCCAAUGAGGAUGACUGGAGGUGUGGCAGUUGUCGUGAUUGGAGCUAGCAGCAGUUUGGUUCAUGCAUCAACCUAUGCACGGAUGAUGAAACCAUAAGCUUGAUCAUAUUUCCAAUUUAUUGGGGACAAAUGACAAUGGAGAUGCACUACGGCCACUGAUUUUUCUUCAAAUUUGAUGGAUAAAGCAUGGUUUUUGGGUGUUUAUCCUAAUAUUUUUUGACCCUUUACAGGUAAUUGAUACAACUGUACAUUGCAGUUGCCCAUUUUUGUCAACAAAUAUAUACACAACUAUCUAUUCAUUUAGAUUAAAAUUGAGAAGCCUAAUCGGCUGUAUUUUUGCGUCUUCACUACACUUUGUAAUACUAUAAUUUGGAAUAUUAUAUACUCCCUUCGUCCCAUUCAAGAUGUCAA